AUGACCUACCUACUACGCCAGACUUGUCCGCUAAUAUUACGCUCGUCAAUUAUUCGCAUUGCAACAACAUCUACAUCUAGUCAACAUCAACGAUGCAGAAAUGUAUCAUCAAUUCCUCAACCAAAAAACCUUUUCGAUAUAAUACCGAAAACUAUUCAGCCAUAUGCUCGUCUAAGUCGAAUUGAUAAACCCAUUGGAUCAUGGUUAUUGUAUUUACCUGGUGCAUGGAGUAUCGCAUUUGCUGGUAUAACAUUAAAUAAUGUCGCAUUGAUGGGCUUAUUUGGUGCUGGUACUAUUCUAAUGAGAGGUGCCGGUUGUACAAUAAAUGAUCUUUGGGAUAAAGAUUUCGAUCGACGAGUGGAUAGAACAAAAUCAAGACCAAUAGCUAGCGGUGAAAUUACCGUUCGACAGGCAUUGAUAUGGGCAGGCGUACAAUUAUCAUUGAGUUUUUUAAUUUUAAUCCAAUUGAAUAUUCCGUCAGUUAUCCUAGGAGUAAUCUCAUUAGUUCCCGUAGUUAUCUACCCUUUGAUGAAACGAUUUACCUAUUGGCCGCAAUUCUUUCUCGGGAUGACAUUUAAUUGGGGUGCUCUGAUGGGUUUUACUGCUGGGACAGGCAUUAUCUACCCAUCAGUUAUCUUACCACUGUAUUUUGCUGGUAUUGCUUGGACACUUCAUUACGAUACAAUUUAUGCCCAUCAAGAUAAAACAGAUGAUUUACUUGUUGGAGUGAAGUCCACGGCACUGCGUCUUGGAAAAGAAACGAAACUCUGGUUACGAGCUUUUUCUAUUGGCAUGAUGUCGCAUUUGAUCACUGUGGGUUUAAGUGUUGAUCAGACUUGGCCAUAUUAUUUAGGAUUAAUUGGAGCCAGCUAUCAUCUUCAUCGACAAAUUGAAACGGUCGAUUUGAAUAAAACACAAUCGUGUUGGAAUACAUUUGCUGCAAAUCGUACUACCGGUUUGAUAAUCCUUGCUAGUAUUUUAAUGAAUUUAUUAAAGUCGAUCGUACAACCAUCUCGCGUUAAUUUAUUCGCGAUUCCUCAACGGACGUUAUUCGAUAUUCAGAAUGUUUGGGGUCGUACAGCUGUCGACACACAAAAACCACUGGAUCCAACUCCUUUAGGUGAAAUGCCUCGACAAGACGAACAAAUUGGCCCUCUGUCCGGUGUUCCUCGAGAUAUUUUCAAAGAACGCCGUUGUCGCAUAUUCGUACCUGCACGUGCUGCAACACAAUCAGGUACAAAUAAUACAAAGAAAUGGAAGGUUGAAUGGGAUACCAAGGAACGUUGGGAAAAUCCUUUGAUGGGCUGGGCAUCAUCUGCUGAUCCACACUCAUCAGUAAUGGUCGAAUUCAGUAGCAAGGAAGACGCGAUGAUUUAUUGUGAGCGUAUGGGUUAUAAAUAUGAAGUCGUUGAACCACCUUCACGUCCCCAUUUUCGAAAAACUUAUGGAGCGAAUUUUUCGUGGAACAAGAAAACACGUGUGUCAACCAAAUAA